UUUUUUUUUUUUAAUUGCUUGUUUUCACAUUCUAGUAGUCAGCUUGUACUCUAUUACCCACUCCUUGCCGAAUCCUGUUAACUCCGCGGCUGUGAUGACCUAAUUUCCCCAAGGGGAUAAAUAGUUUCAUUUUGUCUUAAAUCAGCUGCUCUGGAUCUGCACUUGUUGCAACUGUGUUUUUGUUACAAGCCCCGCCCCUUUUAUGUGCAGGCUCUCAUAGCUGGAUCGGAAAGUCCUGGGUUAGCUAAGAGGGGUUUUAUAACCAGCUUCAUGAGCCGGGGCAACCACUGAUCUUGAUUUUUGCAAAACCAGCCAUCACAGAGACAGCCUGACUGUGCUGAACCAGUCCGCUGCUCUCCUGAGGACACUGCUGCUCCCUUCAUGCAUUUUUCCAUCUCCACUCACCAGUCCCCAGGCUCCUUCCUCACGACCAGGUGAACUGUAGGCAUCACUCAGCGCACCCAGAGCCCCAGGGCAGCCGCACUGACUCAGAUACAAGAGCAAUCACCAGAACCACAGCGGGAAAAGCCAGCGGAGGAGCCAUGUUUAGUCGGUCCCAUCAAGGCCUCACCACCACCGUCACCCUCGUCCAGCUCAGCAUGCUUGCUGUGCUGCUGUGUCCGCUGGGCAGGGCGCUGGCUCAGGAGGAGAGCCAGACUCAGUCCCCUGCCCGGGUCCUCCAAGACCUGCUGGCCCGUUACGGGGACAACGACACCAUCACCGUGCCCCAGCUCCGCUCGCUGCUGGCCCGCCUCAGCCAGGGCCAGGGGGACAGCGGCGGCAGCAACGGGACUGGGAUCACUGAGAGACCUCCAACCACUCCGCCCAAAACCAACAGCUCCAAGUGCCUGCCUGCAAACACCCUCGCCGUUUACAGCAUCACCGAGCAGUCACGGCUGGAUGGGCGGGGGCUAAAGGAGCUUUGCCCCACCAUGUUGCAGCAGCUGGACGCCGGCGCCUGUGGGGCGGAGAAAAAUGAGGAGUCUAGCAUCGAGACCUCCUCGCCCAGGCCCUCAGAUGCUGAAGUGUGGGGUUAUGGGUUCCUGUGUGUGACGGUGAUCUCGCUGUGCUCGCUGAUCGGUGCGAGCGUCGUGCCCUUCAUGAGGAAAACCUUUUACAAGCGACUGCUGCUUUACUUCAUAGCCCUGGCCAUUGGCACACUCUACUCCAACGCCCUGUUUCAGCUCAUCCCAGAGGCCUUUGGUUUUGACCCCAUGGUGGAUUUCUACGUCUCCAAGUCCACGAUGGUGUUCGGAGGCUUCUACCUCUUCUUCUUCACCGAGAAGGUCCUCAAAGCGCUGCUCAAACACAAACACGGGGAUCACGGUCACGGCCACAGCCAUUACAGCGGCUCAGAUCACUACUCCGCCGCCAACGGGAACGUGGAGGAGGGCGUGAGGGAGAAGCUGCAGCAGAACGGGGAGGCGGCGCUGGGCAAGGUGGACGCCGGGGAGGGUGAACUCAUGCUCAGCCCCGCGCAGACGCCACAGGACUCCCAGAGCCCGGAGGGAGGGGGGCGGUCUGGCGGGAGUGGCGGCAGCUGCUAUUGGCUGAAGGGGACGGCGUACUCUGACAUCGGCACGCUGGCCUGGAUGAUCACGCUGAGCGACGGCCUGCACAACUUCAUCGACGGCCUGGCCAUCGGCGCCUCAUUCACGGCCUCGGUCUUCCAGGGCAUCAGCACCUCUGUAGCCAUCCUGUGCGAGGAAUUCCCCCACGAGCUGGGAGACUUUGUCAUCCUGCUGAACUCUGGCAUGAGCAUCCAGCAGGCCAUGUUCUUCAACUUCCUGUCUGCCUGCUGCUGCUACCUGGGCAUGGGCUUUGGCAUCCUGGCAGGCAACAGCUUCUCUCCCAACUGGAUCUUCGCCCUGGCCGGGGGCAUGUUCCUCUACAUCGCUCUUGCAGACAUGUUCCCAGAGAUGAACGAGGUGAGUCGUGAGGAGGAGGAGGCGGGCGGCAGCAGCUUCCUGCUCACGUUCGCCAUCCAGAACGCCGGCCUGCUCACGGGCUUCUCCAUCAUGCUGCUGCUCACCACCUACUCUGGACAGAUCCAGAUGGAAUAGCACUGGACACACCUGCUUCCAAAAAAAAAAUAAUAACGCUAAAUAAAUUAAUAGACAAAUAAAUAUAUAAAUAAAAAGUUGGACUGGUGUUAACUGGAACUGGGACCUACGCUGGUUUACGCUCUCAUCGCCAAGCUGGCACCUACAAAGCACUGGUGGGUGUUAAGGGAGCCCUCCACAUUUUAAUCGUUCUCUUUCCCUCUCUGGGAGUCUGGGAGUUUGGAUGCUGUGCGGCAGGAACGCACCUCCGACAAACUUUCUGAGUACCUGUUCAUACGAAGUUCCCACAUGCAGUAACCAUCUGGUAGAGAGGGCUGCCUCGGUCCUUCAGCUCUCAUUGGCCUUCUUCUGACCGGCGGCACGCCCUCUACCAGCCGAGAGAUAUAUCGACACUGACCCUGCUGAGUUCAGCUCGGACGGACCUGCACAGAGUCUCGGACGUCAGGCUCCUGCGCUGAACGUGAACUGACGUGCAAUACACAACCGGCCGCUCAAAUUGUCCUGAUCGUUCCCCCAGACUGCUCACCGACUCCUGCUCUUACCCUCUCCUCCUGUCCGUCUCUCAGUGGAUGUGAUUGAGCCUCAACUAGGGCCUACUUAGAGUCACAUAUUUAUAUCAGUAAUCCUCUGUGCCCAUUUACCUCCCAAGGAAGUGGCAUAAGCACAAUCAGGUAUUCGCUGUUGCAUUGUAGGCAUCCUCAGCUCUUUUCUUUUGUUCAACCCCCCCCCCUUCUUCUUCUUCAUUCCAUACCAAAAAUACAUUUCUGUGGACCUCAAGCUGAGAUUUUGGAACUGUCUGCCAGUGGGACUUUGAUUUUUUGUGCGUUGAUGGGUUAUUUAAUUUUGUUUUUUAAACACUAAACAUGGAAAAUCACGAGACUUUUGGAGACCAAAUAUAAGGCAGGCCAUUGAUAAUGGUGAAGGGCUACAUUUUGACAUUGACUCUGUUUGUAAAGGCAUACUUGGCUCUUUUUAGUAUGCAGUUGCAUCGUGUGCACUGACCAGUUCCCAACAAAGCCCGGGUCGAUUCUGUGAAGUGAGACCAAUGUUAAAGGACCGUCCCAGUGAUUUUUGCAUGUUUAGCGUAAUAUCUACAAAAUGUAUAAACUUUCCCAGAGCAAGCAGUCGCAUUUUAGAGCUGCAACAUAAUUUUUUCUCCCUUUCACUUUCAGAGACUUCAGACUUUCUUCACACCAGUGAUGAAGUCCUCCUCAUUAGUUCCCUAAAAGCAGCAGCACUGUUGUGUUUUGACGACUUGAAAUUGAAACGCUCCCUCCGCCAUGGAAAAUAGUUCCUGUGGAAACAUUUGCUUUCCAUGGCCAAUUCUCAGUUCUGUGGUUUAUGAAUGGCCACGACUUUGUUAGCCUCUGAAGCAUUACAAGGUGGCUGUAUCAACCAAAAAUUCACACCUCUCCAAAUUGGCUUGUGCUAAAAUGUGGGUAAACUGUAGUAAACAGGCCAAACAUUCAAAAUCACUGGGGCGGUCCUGUAAGAGCACGUUAUCGGUGGCUUUAUCCAGUCAUUAUUUUCGCCGUUUUCCCCAUAGUUAACCAUCUGUGCCCCUCAUAAAUAUAGGCUAGCAUUUAGUUUUAGUUUUUAUAAUUGUUUCUUGUAAUCUGGAAUUGGAUGAAUGCAAUUCUCUGGUCUUCACUCAUCCCAUGUGCUGUUUUCAUGUAACCAUUUUCCAAGCUGGCAAUAGUUAGUCUUUUACCAUUUGCUUUGAAUACUGUAUGCUGUAUCAUAUAGGCACACACACACACACACACACACAUACACACACUGUGCCUACUAAUGUGUUGUUCUCCAUAUUAAUGUGACAACCUUCCAGUUGUAACAUCAUAAUGCUUUGCUUUACACUAUCCUCUUUAAAUGUGUGUGAGGUCGGUGCACGAGUUUGGUCCGACGGAUGUGCUGACAGGUUUUGGGCUGACAGUCGUUUGAUGUGUUACAGAUUAACUCCAGGAGUGUAUGGGUUUAAAUCCUCAUAGUUUUCCUUUAACCGCUAACACUGACAACGCACAGAAUAUAAAAGAGAUUUACUUGCAUAAGCUACGUAGUCUAGUAGAUCAAAUGUUAGUAUUUUAAUAGAGCUGUAUGAUAUAAUUUAGCAGAUACAACCUGGAAGCUAUAUAGUUCUAGACGGUUAAAUCAAAAUUGUGAGACAUACCAUUUCUGUGUUACUCCUGCACGGAGAAGACAAACCAAGCCAUGAAAUCAUGUACCGAAAUGUUUUGGAGACGCUUGAAAUCUAUGGAUAAUAAUUUAUUAUUGUUUUUGCUGUGUAAUAUUUCAUGUCUCUUAUGCUUUAUCCUGACAUGUGUACACACAAGAUAAAUUAUUCCCAGUAGCUUUACACCACAAGCCAUGAAGUAAGACAAAAAUGCAAUGUGUUUCUUUUCUGUUUUAUAUAUAUAUAUAUAUAAGUGUGUGUGUUUUUGUUUUUGUUGUUUCAUUCAUCUCUGUGUUAUCCAGUAUUUUAUGUCUUAAAUAUCUGUUUGAACCAGAGAGCAACGGGACAGCUGGCAGAACACAUGAGCUCUUAUUGCAAAAAAACAAACAAAAAAA